AUGGUGGAGAGACCUUCCUGUCAGAAGACGUCGCUAUCAGCAUUUUGCAAGAAACUAAAAAUGCUUUCAAUAGAGCAUCUCAGCUUUGCGAGAAAUCCGAGGUUCCCAAACACAGCGAGAACAUACUGGAUAUACUGCUUAGGUAUCUGUAUUCUGAACAUCUGGACUAUGCGGUGGAAUUGGCUAUAUCUGGAGGCACGUGACAAGGAACUUACAUCAUACCUCACUUCCGCCGUCAAAUCAGCUGGUGUCCCGAAACCGAGCGAUAAAUUUGAACCCCUCGACAUAUUCGAUAUGCUUCACAAAGGGGUUGAUGCACGUCUUCAAUCAUGUGUCGAACGUCCGAAGCCUCUCCUAACUGCCAAGCUCGACGCCAAGCAGUGGAAGAAAGUUGACAAGCUCGUCGAAGAAGUUGCCCAAAACUGCCGUUCACGAUCACUUCUUCUUCUGAAACGAAUCGAUGUCACGGUCAACUCAUUUUUGUGGUGUGAUAGACUCAAAUCAAAAGAGGCCGAAAUUAGAGACCUUUUUGCUAAGAGACGCAGCGCUAUGUCGCAUGUCGUACCUCCGACUGUUGCAGAUGUACUGGCUGCUAGCCAGGAUUUAUUAAGGGUCCAAGUAGCAAGUAACGCGAAAAUAAGAAAGAAUACGCGUUCAAAAAUACAUCCACUGGCUUUGGCUCCACGUCCAACUGAUCGAGGAGGACGUACAAAUGAAAUGAUUGGAGAUAUCGCUAAAGAGCAAGCUUCCGCUCAGCGAGGGCGAGGAAGAGGAGGCGGUCCUGGAGGUUUCCAUGCACAGCCAUCUCAUCAGCAGUAUCAACAGAAUCGUCAGCAACCCUAUCAACAGAAUUACCAGCAGCCCUUCCAGCAACCUUUCCAACAGCCGUUCCAGCAACCCUAUCAACAACAGUAUGUCUCGCGUGAGCAAAUGGUCCAGCGAGAGUAUCGUGGAUAUCAGGAUGGUCCGCGAGGUGGCGGAAGAGGGGGUCGCGGUGGUGGUUAUGGUGGUGGAGGACGGUAUGAUCGUGGAGGAUACUAUGGUCAUGACAACAGAUACUGA